UACGUUAGGCGCUGACGCCAUCAGACCGCGCCGGGCAGCUGUCUGCGCAGUUGUGUUUUAUCGGAUUUGCGGAGUUCUCGUGGCUCUGAACGGAAUAAAGUUCUUCGGCUCCGUCUGCGGCCCGCGGGAACCCCGGAAUUCAGCAGCGGCAUCGAGUCCUGGCGCUCCGGCUCAGGCCGCUGGUUCCGAUCCUCUUCUCGUUGUUUUCUUUCUGACGCAGUUAGCUGUUAGCGCCGUUAGCUCAGGUGUGUGCUCGAUUUUCGCCUCUCAGAUGGAGUAUCCCGGAGGAGGAGGGGCGGUGCUGAGCGGCGGAAACGUCCCGGCCUUCCUGACUAAGCUGUGGACCCUGGUGGAGGACCCUGACACCGACCCGCUCAUCUGCUGGAGCCCGAGUGGUACCAGCUUCCACGUGUUUGACCAGGGACGGUUUUCCAAGGAGGUUCUGCCAAAGUUCUUCAAGCACAACAACAUGGCCUCCUUCAUCCGUCAGCUCAACAUGUAUGGUUUCCGUAAGGUUGUGCACAUCGAGCAGGGUGGUCUGGUGAAACCGGAGAGAGAUGACACAGAGUUCCAGCACCCGUUCUUCAUCCGAGGACAGGAACAUCUACUGGAGAACAUCAAACGCAAAGUCACCAAUGUGUCAUCAGUGCGCCAGGAUGAUGCGAAAAUCUGUACGGAGGAAGUCAACAAGAUCCUGAACGACGUCCAGCUGAUGAAGGGAAAACAGGAAACCAUCGAUUCCAGGAUUGUCGCCAUGAAACAUGAGAACGAGGCUCUGUGGAGGGAGGUGGCCAGUCUGAGACAGAAACACGCUCAGCAGCAGAAAGUUGUCAACAAGCUCAUACAGUUCCUGGUGUCUCUCAUCCAGUCCAACAGACUGCUGGGAGUCAAGAGGAAGAUUCCUCUGAUGCUCAAUGACUCUGGCUCCACCCACUCCAUGCCCAAAUACAACCGUACCUUCUCACUGGAGCAGGCUGCAGCCAAUCUCUUCUCAGCCGACACCUCUUUGACUUCAGGACCCAUCAUCUCUGACAUCACAGACAUGGCCACACCCACUGCAGAUGAAGUGGUUAGUGAUUGGACAGACCAAGGAGAGAGCCCAUCAGUUGACAUCAAAGAGGAGCCGUCCAGUCCGGAGGUGGAGGUGUGUCCUGUCUUGGAGGAAGUGGCUGCACCCGUGGACACGCCCCUCUCUCCUACCACCUUCAUCAACUCCAUCCUAGAGGAGAAUGAGGCGCAGCCAACCCCAGUAACCUCCACCAGCACUGCUCCCACAGCAGCCAGUCCCAUUGUGGUGAUGAGCCCUGCUUCCACUGGUCCUCGCUCUUCUGCCCCAUCAAGCCAGUCACUUGCCUCUGUUACGACAGCACAAACAGCCCCCAGCCCAACCACACCUCAGCAGAAAUGUCAAGCCAUCGCCUGUAUUGACAAGUGUGAGCUGUCAGAUCACGUCGGUAGUAUCGACAACGGCCUGGAGAACCUGCAGAACCUCCUGAACACACAGACGUUCACCUUCGACACAACUCCACUUAUCGAGUUUUUCAGUUCGUCUGGCCCGUCUGCAGACUUUGACCUUGACAGUUUGGACAACCUGCUGUCUGAUGAAGCUCCUAAGGGAAGUGAAGAAAGCGGCACAGGGAAGCAGCUGGUGCAGUACACACCUGUCCAAACGUCUGAACCAGUCAGCCUGGUGGAGGGUGGAGCCGACCUGCCAUCACUGUUGGAGCUGGAAGCAGAGCCUUUCCUCAGCUCUGACCUUAGCACUGAGGACCCAGCAACCGCCCUGCUGAGCCACGCCAAUCUGGACUCCGACCUCUGAUCUCUCAAAUAACCAUAGCAACAGGACACCUGAAUGCUGACAGCAGCAGCAAUAGAUGAGAACAGUCAUUAGGUCAAAGGUUGUGUUUUUAUUAUGCAGAUGUUAUUGAUAUUAACUCGUCUUCUUCAACUCUUGUUCUUUUCUUCUUUGUUGAAGCUUAUAUGGAACCCUUUGUUGCAGUUGAAUGCGUUCUGCAUGUUGAAGUCAGAUUUUAUGGUUGUCUUUAUUUUCUCAUGUAAAAUAGAACAAAGAGAAUCUGAAUAUUUUUGGAGUUUUAUCAUUGAGUGCUGCGGCGACUCGUGGCACCGCCUGACUGACUGCCCCGCCCAUGACAGAAAAGAGCUCCGUGGAUCAGUAUUAUUUCUGAUCAGUCAGAUGUGACUGAUCUAUCUAUGUUAGUUUGUUUCCAUCAGUUUCUAAUGAUUCAAUUCGUUCCAGAAAUGCUGAGGAACAUCAAAGCACUGACCGCAGUCCCAGUACUUCAAAAACAGAUACUGCAGAGAAAUGUCUGAGAGGCUGAGACAGAGAUACUGUACUUUGGAUCAGCUUUGAGUUUCUUGUCUGCAGAAGCCUCAUGGAUGAAAUCUAUUACGGUCACCAGGCGUCACUUUCCUGAUCUGAUGGUAGUGUGAAGUCGUGAAUUUGAAAUGAAGGGAAACUGUGAGCUGGAGCUGAAAUCCUGUCAUAUCUGACGCUGAUGGAUGAAAACAGCUCUGUAUCUCAGGUGAGGCUGGACUGAUGGCACAGGUGUUUCAGGGUGAAAACCCCUGCAGCUUAUCAGAAAUGAUGAGAGAUAUGAUCAGAAGUGAAAUGUGUCACCUGAGUAAAUCACUUGACUGAAAUAAAAUUGACAGAAACCAAAUGAUUGUGCACACAGUGAUAUCACUGUGACAGCAGACAUGGGCUUCAUAACACAGGUUUACUUUAACUUUCUUCACGGCUUGGAGAGGUAAAGAGCGCUGUAGUGCAUUGACUGAAGUUUAAGUGGAGGCUUAGCACUCGCUGCCCCAUAUCAGAAUUAGUACUAUGAUUGGAUCGUGAUCAGGUUUUAAUCUUUUGAAGAGUUUGUAAUAAAAUGUGGUGUCUGAAACUCAUAGUGUUCAGCUGUGUCGGCGUACAGAGAUGUAAUUCUGGCAAGUCUGUCCACAUGGUGACAUUAACCUGAACACUGCAGGGUUCCUGUUCAGACACAAAGCAACGUGCUGCCAUCUGAUUAAAAGAAAGGAAGGCCUGUGUGACGGGGCUUAUCUGUGAUGUCAUCAGUCUUACAGAGCAGGUUUUGACACCUGUGGCACACCUGAACCACGUGUUCCAAAGUCUCUGGUUCAGGUGAUGACUGAACAGGACUGCUAAGUGACAUCUGAUGUGCUGAGGAUAUUUUAUUGGUCACAUGAUCAGAGCUGUACAAACAGGAAGCUCCUUUCAGUAUAAACGCCUCUGUUAAUAUAUUGACAUUUAUAUUUAAGAUUUUUAAUUUAAGGCGUGUGUUAAAUCAAGCUGAGUCCUCCAGGCUAACCUGACGGUGUUCCACCUGCAGAGAGAGGAUCAUUAUGGGAAACAAAGACGGGGUCAAAGGGCAGAUGAAAUGUUGACGUAUUCUUGCUGUUAAAUUUUGAUUCAAUAAAACAUUUUUAAAUAGCUG